GUCAUCGAUCAUUAUAUUAGUAUUUAGCCUGAAUUCGAUGAAAACGAACACUCCCUUGCCGUCUCCAUAAAUAUUUGUUUUCGGUUUGAAUCAUUCAAGAAUCUAUUUUAAGUUUUACUGACACGGAACAGUGAAUCCAACAGUCGAUUUUAAGUCCACCUGUGAACGUGCAGUUAUUUUAUAAGAAAAGAACUGUGAGUUGUAUUAUUAGUAGUAAACUAUCCUUGAUUUCUCAACAAUGAAUCAAUGGACACCAGUCUACUACUGAUACCGUUUCUAAACGCUACUACUACGCAAAGUGUGUCAGUAUUGUGCCUAUUUUCGAUAAAAGACCUCUUCCACUUUUCGUUCACGAAUUAGUCGUUUAAAAACAUUAGGAAGUGCUUAAUAUAUGAAUCACGUAAGGUACUAGCAUGACAGUUUCCUCAAUUAUGAAGUCCGCACUACAGUUUCAACCAAAAGUUAUACAAGCAUAACUUAAGUUCAAGGUUGGGUGGAUCAAGGAUUUUAGAGCCGCAACUGGGCUUUUGAUUGUAAAGAGGGAAUCCCCGCUCUAAUCUUCAGUGAUAAGAAAACCAAUUGCACAGGAAGAAUGUUUCCGGAAAAAUGAAUAAAACAGUUGCACACGAAUAAAACCACAAAUGAACGCAACCGAAAUGAGUGUUCUUUUAAAAUCAAAUCUCUCCCUCGAUGACAAAGAUGCUUCGGUAAAAACUCAACUGACUUUAUACGACAUUCUAAUACCAGCCAUCGGGGGGAUAAUCAUGCUCUUAAAUCUCCUCGUCGUAAUCUCGAGCGGAUUAAUAUUGAGGAAAGGUUCGCAACCCCGUUCGACUUAUUUGUUUUUAGGAAACGUAGCAAUGACUGAUUUACUGACGGGAGUGGCGGUAGUUUUUGGCCAACUGUACCCCCAGGAAAACCGCGAUCACAACAUGUGUGCACUCCAAUUAGGUAUGAUAGUGGCGAGCACUUUGACUUCCGUCUAUUCAGUCGGAUUAAUUGCAAUUGAUCGUUUUUUGUACAUUCUUCAUGGCCUGCAAUACCAGCAAUUUAUUUUCCCCACUAGAGCGAGAAUAUUAAUUUUCGCAACAUGGGUUAUAGGAUGCAUCGUUGGAUUUAUGCCAUUGUUUGGGUGGUACGGAGACACAGAUAACGGCAGAAUCUGCUGGUUUAUUCUCUUAGCCCCCCGAAAUUUAGUCCUACUUACUGUCAUAAUUGGGGUAAUCCCUAUAGUACUAGUCGUAAUCCUCUACUCCCUAAUUUUGUACCACGCCAUUAAAAAUAUCGUGACACUUCAAAAAUCGACAACUCAAACCAAUGAAGUGACCGAAGCCGAUUUGAAAAAUCUACGGAGGUCUCGGGGCCGGCCUCAGAACACCGAAAAUAACUCGGUAGGAAAAAACUUUUUCGCCAAAACGAAACCUUCAACCAGUGUUAAAUCGCCGAGCAAAUGGAGGGCCAUCAAAGUUGUUUUAUUCACGACCGGAAGUUUCGUAAUUACGUGGUCUCCGUAUUUCGUUGCGAGCUUGAUUUACGUGUACCAGUGCGAAAACAUCGACAGCAAAAAAUGCAAAAAUUUGCGGAUCAUAAUCGCGAGUCCCUUAGCGAUUUUAGGCUUCACGAAUAGUCUGAUCAAUCCGAUCAUUUACGCUUGGUGGCAUAAGGGUUUUAGGACGUACGUCCAGAAAAGAAUGAGUACUGUAAUAAUGAGGACGCGAUGGAAGAGAAAUUCGAUUGAUAACACGACUAAAUCGACAUCGAGUGCUAGUAAUAAGCAAAACGGGAGCAAGAUUGCGCCGAUUAAGGAGGAAGCGGCCGGAAAUCCGGCAUAAUUUUGUAGAGAAAAUAUAGUGUACAACUCUGUGAUAGAAUGCCAUGUAAUUUGUAUUUUUGCUCGAAUAAAGUAUUAAGACUUA